CGGAAAUAAAAGCAGAGUGAGCGCUCUCGUAUUCUCCCUCCACCAGACGGCGUCAGACAGAGAAACAAAAUGGAUCCAAACACAACAAUUUUGCGGGUCAAGAGAAAACGGGGAACCGACCCCGCAGACGCUCUGCUGCUUGCGUGCAAGCGAAUCCGACCGGAAACGUCCCAGACCUCCGGUGAGACGGUACCAGAGCCCAACGAGGCGGAGGUGGAAAAGUCUGUCUUCAAACUCGUGGCGACUGUAGCGACACAGGAUGCUCCUGUUCAAACGCAGGUCCGACAGGCUUUGGCUCGGCCACGCGUGGCCCAGGCAUUGCGCUCUUCUGCCGCCGCCACUAAACGGAUAACCGGGCACCUACGGAGCAUGAAGUGGAGCACCCGCAGGGAGGAACGCUACAGGAUACUGUCCAACCACCGCACAGGCCUGUUGGGUGCAGCAGAGCAGGAAAGCCCUCAGACUGAUGCUCCUGAGGGAGCAGGGGAUUCUGGGAAAGAUGAGGAUGAGUGCUGGGGUAACAUCCAGGUGGUUGAUCUCUUACAUGAAAAUGAAGAGGAGCAGGACAAAUCUUCUGGCAAGAUGUCCUCAGAUCCGGAGAUGAUCAUGUGUAACAACACAAAGAUGCUGCGCGAGCGUCUGAGCAUAUGUGAAGAGAGACAAGGGAGUGAACAGCAGGAGCAGGACAAGGACUUUGUCUAUGAUCUUUACUACCCGGAAACGGUCAAUCCAGGCUGGAUCCAGGACAUCCUGUCUGUCAGGGCCUAUGCUGACGAGGGAGAACUGGUACCUGACCUUGUGGUUCAUGAAGAGGAGGUGUAUGAAGAUGAGGACGAUGAAAACGAGGAAGGCAACUGGAGGAAUGACUACCCCGAUGAGGAUAGUGACAUGGGCAGUGACAGAGAGGAGCGCUAUGGUGGUUACUGGGAGGAGGAGCACUCGUACAGCCGGAGGAGUUGGGAGCACUACAAGAGUGAAGUGCUGCAUGAACAGGACUGUCCUGGUGGAGACGAGGAGGAGGAGGAAGAUGGGGACAAAUAUAAUUCCGAUUGAUUUACCCCUUAACCCAUUCCUGUAUGUGGAUCUUCCAGUGCCCUCUGCUCGUGUAACAUCAUACCCCUCAGAUGUCUGUGUAGGUGAGAGAUGGUGGAGGGAAACCGCUGCUAGAAUGGCACAUGAUUUUGAAACAUGUCUGGGGGGGGAAAUGUCAACAUAUACCAUCAGCAAUGACCAAUGUGUAGCAGAUUUUUGUUUUUUUAAAUCAUUUUCAUGUUUGUUAUAUUGACUGCAGGCACACUCUUGGUGAAACAGAGUUAUCCACUGAACAAAAGGCUCACUUAAUAAAACCUACAUCAGCUUAAGUGCAUAUUUCAAGAAUAUGUUUGUCUCUUUAGCUUGCUGUUUGACAUUCUUAAAAACAGGAAACAAGUUUGUUGCUUUAUUAACCACAUACCAAACACCAAGUCCAUUGUCCCAAUGUGACAAUCUUUGAUUUUACAUUACACAUAGAAGUUGUUAGUCCACCGCCCCCUCCAUCAGUAAGAUUAUGUCGAUUAAGAGUGUAUUAUCCUUCAGAUGGAUUUAUCUGAAUGAUGCACAGCACCAGGCAUCUAAACUGUUGAUUUUUCUUUAUUGUCUUUGGUGCAGGAGAUAUGGCAAAAUAAAUUUACAUUAACUGUGAGCUAGAGCAGUAAACUAAUUUUUAAGCCUGUGUGGACUUAAGCAGGUGCAUAUUUUACAAUGUGAGCCUUUUGUCAACUGGCUAAAAUGUGUUCUUGCUGGCCUGUCCGCUGCACAUGGGACACACCUGAUUUUGAUUUAAAGACCAAGAAACCCUAUAUUUUCAGAAAGGUUCACUUUCAUGUGCCACAAGUAUUUUGAUGUUACUGAGCUUCACAACGACAGAAAUACCAAACAGACCCCUAAUGAAGUGUGAGCAACUCCCUCUCUCAUCUGCACAGCAUUUGAAGUAUGUGUUCCUUGCAGGAAGAACCCAGCGUCUUUUUAUAACCGUGGUGGAGUGAAUUGGUGUGUGGGUGUUCUGUUUUAAGUGGAUGUGUGUGUGUGGGUGUUAGAAAAUGUUGCACAUUAGUGUGAUAUGCCUCGUAUGCUUUGUGCCGUUAACAAAUCUGUGAGUGAGAUGUCUCUGGCUGCGUGUGGUUGCAAUUUAGGGUGUUUGCAUGGUAGUGUGUGUGUACGUAUCACUGUGUGUGUGCGUGUGUUAGAUUUUGCAUAAUGUUGAAGCGUGGUGCAUCAUGUUUUGUUAUGGGUGGGUGUGUGUGCGAGUUUGAUUCAUGAAUUCCCCCUGAAGUUGUUUCUCUUGAUAAUUAAAUUUUGUAAAUAUGUAGAUGUGUAUAAAAGGAAAGCUUUCAAAUUAAACAGAGAACAUGAG